ACAAAAAGUACAAAGCAUAAAAAUGUUGCAAGAUGGAAAAACGAGCUCAUUAUUUUAGUCAGAACUCGAACCAGCCGCUAAAUGCAGACUUUAAUUUAGAAGAUCAAAUUAUGAGGAAUUCACAAAAAAUAUAUAGGUUUAGCUCAGAUCCGGAAUACAAUAGAGUAUAUCAGCGGUAUAUGGCAACCCUCAUCCGUGUGCAAAAUUCCAUGCAUAGAAGAUUUCAAUCCAGGACCACUCUAAAAUUGCAGGGCUCACAUAGCCGCCUCUCAGCUGGCGGAUUCUGUACGAAAUUCAAUAAAUCCGGAAAGGAGAAAAAAAAUAAACACAACCAAAGCCACGACCAGCAAAAUGAUACCUGUAAGCCUUCUUGCUCGAAGCCAACUGAUUGCGCCACAAAUGAUGAACCUUCCUGCCGGGGCAAUAAAAGUGCAUCCGAUAAAAGCCUGAAAAUCACCCGCUGUUCCAUACCGGAACCCAAUAAGUCCCCACGCAGCGAUGGACACGAGAACCAGCGUCAGAGCUGUGUGUCCUUUGAAGAGCCCGCGGCCAAGGAUAUUCCCACAUUUGAUCUGCACUUCCGGGACACCUCAUGUACGGUGUCCCAUGAUUCCAGCCUGUCCUCCAUCAACGUUUGCUAUAGCCAAGAGCAACAGAGGGAUAUUACAAAAUCUUGUCCCGCUCAAACGCCGAAAGAGCCAGCCCCUCAACGGAUGAAGGAGUCGUCCAGGAAUCAAACAGCUUCACGAUUUUGCAUGAGACCGUUGAUUGUGGUGCCCACAGGUGGAGGAAUUAAACAAUUAAAGAAGGAUCAAUCUGAGAAUUCCAAAAUAGUUAGCACAGAUCACUCCAAGUCGAAGUCUGCACACCACACGAAUAGUUCUCGAAAAUCCACAAAGAAGCAAGCAAAGAGUCACCGCCUUAUUAAGUCUCACAGCUCUAAAGAUUCUUUAGCAAAUCGUGGUCAGCCUACAGUGGAAAUUGAAGAAACUUUUCCAAAUUCAAUCUGCACUUCCGAUACCCACGAAUCCUGUGACUGCAAGAGCGAAGACCAAUUUUGCUGUUACUAUAUACCAGAGGAGCCCCAUUGCUCGCAGAAUCCACCGCCAUGUUCCAACUGCCCGGCUAUAUGCGACUUAUCCAACCAAUUGGAGGAGAUGAAUCGACGUUUGGAGGGCCUUCACAGCCAGGAACUCUGCGAUAUCCGCACGCAGGUGAAUAGCCUCAAUGCCAAUGUUCAGCAUUUGGCCAAAGAGUGCAUUCAGAAAAUGGAUGGCGCCAAAAGGCUGGACAAGAAGACCUCGAGCACCUGUCAGUUCUGUCAUGGGCAGUGUUUGAAAAUACUUGAUAGCUUCUAUAGGCAACUGCUGGACUCACUUUGGGAUCGUUCCCUGACAGACAUAGUAAUAUCCAUAUUUCUGCGAGCAGACAAUGUCUAUCACGUAAAUGUGCGGGAUCUGAGCUCGGACUGUUCCCUUGGUUGUUACCUGGUCACUGAUGCGGCCAUAGAGGAGGCCAUCGAGUUGGGAGUUUUUCAGAACAUACUCACAUUUAGUGUAAUUGAUGUGCGGAAUACCAUCAAGUCGAAGAACUGCGACUUGGGCAUCGUCUUUGAAUACCAUCAUUCAAAGCGGCAGACCGGUGGUUGCGAUUCUCCACUUCGUGGCUCCUGCAUGGUGGGCAAGGAAUAUAUCGGCAGGGUUCUCGGACUUCCUUUGGAGCAGCUGAAAUACCUGUACUCCGUUCCGCGAUCCUAUACCAAAAUCACUGAGCACGACACUAGGAGUGUAACUGGAAGUCAGUUACACUCAGUUUCCACUCAAACGACUUUGAUGGAUAUGCAGACAGAAAUGAAGAUAAGAUAUAAGAAAAGUGCCCGUACAAAACUACCAUCAGUUUGAAAGAUAUCAGUUUUAAUAAUAUAUAGCAAAAGUUAUAGUUAAGCCAACUUACAACGUAUUUCUAAAAUUUUGUAAUAAAAGACCUUAUAAUUUU